AGGGUUACAUACAAGCAAAGAGGAACAAAGGACAGGCUCUUUGUUCAGAAGCAGCAUUCAGUAGGAAAUCCUGUCUCCUACAGCGCACUCCACUGAAGCGUGCUCACAGUAUUUGUCAAGACUUGAACACAGCAAUGCCUCACUGCCUGCUUGCAUUCAGCCUUGCCUGAGAAAUUGGACUGUCGAGUCAACUGACUCUGAAGACUAGCGGCUCCAAAUCUGAAACAUGCCUCUUAUUUCUUUCUUCAUAACUGGAUAUAAAGGAUUUAGAAGGAUUUGAAUGAAACACAAGCAAAUAGUUCGAGCUUAAACUGGCAUCUUGUUUAGCAUGGACUGGAUGGGCCAAAUGAGGUACAGCACAGAAACUGGUUCUUCCAGCCCAACGAACCCAUGCCCCAAUUAUUCUUGUGUGACCAAUCAACCUGCUAAGCUGUAUACCUUUGGAAAGAGGGAGGAAACCCCUCCAAUCAUGACCACAGGAACUGAGAUCUUGCUUGUUUGAGGGGACGGCUUCUGUAAUUCACAGAUGAAUAAGGAGCGGGGCAGUCAGGAGCCCGAGUUUGGUGAGCAAGACUUGGAUGUGAUCAACAACAAGAUCAGAAAUCUCAGCAAAUGGCGAGAGAUCUUCAGCCAACGAGGGUUACAGUUCAAGGACACCGUUGUGAAGAAAUAUCAGGACGGUCGAAAGUAGAAGAAGACAGUAAGGACGGGGCAGGAUCUCUUCAGUCCACCGGUUCCAAAUCUAAUGGGCACCUCGUCACGUUCAAUUCCAUUCCGAAAAUGUUCCUCGUGUCUUCCAGCCUAGGUGGUAUUCCCAUCACGUUGGAUGACGCAGUGGCACUACGGAAGAUUCUGUUUGGGACAACAUUUCAAGUUUUCAAUUACGAAUGGAGGAAAUCUCACUUCAGAUUCCGAGACCCUAAUUCUGACUUGUCCUAUGCUUUGGAGGCCGAGAGGGGUGGUACAAGAUGUAUCCAGAUGGCUGUCCAAACAUACAUCCUUAAACACUUACUGUUCACAGGAAAUAGUGAAGUGGAAGACCCCAAUGGUAAAUGCCUGCUGGAGGUCAGCCAAAAAAACCAAGGGAAAGCAUUGGCAGCUGCACUGUCCGACAUUCUGUGGACAGCAGGGGAAGGUGCCCAGAGUUUUGUUUGCCUGGUAACCACAGAAUGCCAUAUCGCUCCUGCCAUCAAUUACAAAUUUGACAGUUACACAGAACAGGUCCAGCUCUUUAACUUCACUGACAAAGCAAAGCUGCAGCAGUUUGUGACUGAGCACAUACACUGUUUUCAAGGCGAAAGAAGUCAUGGAGUCAUUCUGUUCCUGUACAGUUUACUCUUCUCAAGGACUCUGGAAAAGCUUCGUAAGGAUAUGGACCAUACAACCUCUCAUCUCCUGCAGCUAAGCCUGGGGAAUUUCACUUGUCGGCAAGCUCUUAUAAACCUGAUGCUCACUGGUAGAGCCAGUCCGAACGUUUUCAAUGGAGAUCUUCAAUAUGAUGACCUGGGUGCCUUGCUGAAAGAUCCACAACAUGGAAUCCUUGCCCGAAGUGAUGUGGGUUAUCUCUACUGGAACAGGCAUGAACUGGACCACGAAAAGCUCCCACAGGUAGGAAGCAUGUUGAAAACUCCAAAGCUGCCAAUCUGGCUGUGUAACAUCAACAAUGCCUUCAGCCUCUUCUUCAGCACAAAGAGACAGCUGCUGUCCAACUGGAAAAUGGAACACGUCUUUGACUUGUAUUUUUACACCGGCCAGCCUUCACAGACAAAAUUGGUCACACUAACAGUAGAUACUCACUCUCAUCACUGGGAAGAGGGGAUGCAUGGGAAGGAAGAUGAUCCCGAGAAGAGGACCCCUUCAGUGCUGAUGACCAUUUGCACCAAGUGGGAAGGAGCUGCAGUUGACUGGAAUGGCACAGUUCCGUUCUACUAAAGCCGGGACAUUGCAGAACUCUGUCUGACAAUAGCCGACAACUGACCAACCCUGUUGUGUUGGGAGACAGAGGAUUGGCAAGCUCAAAUACUCAACUCGUUGGUGCUGGUCUUUGAUCCCAUCUUCUGCUACUACUGGAACCUUGCUUCAACUUUCUCUUCCCUAGUAUUUUUAAAAGGGUUGGAUCAAUAAGUUGCUGAAAACUCAGCAAAUGAUUGGACCUUACAAAGAGCGCACAAAGUAACUCAAAUUCUGCAAGAGUAUCAAAACACCAUGUCAUAUACACAUUGACAAAUACAGUACUGUGCAAAAUUCAAAAACAAGAGAAAAUGCUGGAAAUCCAAGUGACAGAAACAAAAUGCCGGAGGAACUCAGCAGGCCAGGCAGCAUCUAUGGAAAAAAGUACAGUCGAUGUUUCAGGCCAAAACUCUUCUUCAGGACUGGAGAAAAAAAGCUGAGGAGUCGAUUUAAAAGGUGGGAGGAGGGGAGAGAGAAACACCAGGUGAUAGGUGAAACCUGGAGGGGGGGGAUGAAGUAGAGAACUGGGAAGUUGAUUGGAGACAAGAGGUGAGGUGAGGGAGGGGAAAGGGGACAGGGAAUGCAGAAAAGGGUGAGUGGGUUGGGGGACAUUACCAUAAGUUAAACAUCGAUUUCUCAAACUUCCAGUGAUACCACCCCACCCCCCUCAGUUAUGUGAAGAGUUGAUAUUGGACCACUGGAAAAUGAUGCUGGUGAGAUAGUAAUGGGGGAAGAAAAGGCAAAUGAACUUAAAGGGUACCUUGCAUUUUCUUCACAUUGGAAGACACUAGCAGUGUGCCAGAGGUCCAUGAGAGUCAGGGAGCAGGAGUGAGUACCAUUGCUAUUACAAAGGAAAAAGAGCUGGGCAAAUGGAAAAGUCUUAAGGUGGAUAAGUCACCUGGACAAGUUGAACUACAUCCCAGAGUCCUGAGAGAGGUUGCUGAAGAGAUGGCAAAUGCAUUGGUCAUGAUCUUUCAAGAAUCACUUGACUCUGGCAUGGUCCCAGAGGACUGGAAGAUUGCAAAUGUCACUCCACUCAUUAAGAAGAGAGGAAGGCAAAGAAAGGAAAUCAGAGGCCAGCUAGCCUCACCUCAGAGUGGGGAAGUGUUGGAGUCUAUUAUUAAGGAUGAGGUUUCCGGGUCCUUAGAAACUAAUGAUAAAAUAAGUCAAAUUCACUGUGGUUUCUGUAAAGGGAAAUCAAGCCUGACAAAUCUGUUAGAGGUCUUUGAGGAAGUAACAGGUAGGGUGGACAAGGAAAAGGCAGUGGAUGUCAUUAACUUGGAUUUUCAGAAGGCAUUUGAUAAGGUACCACACGUGAGGCUGCUUAACAGGAUAAAAUCCUAUAAUGUUACAGGAAAGAUACUGGCAUGGAUACUGACAGGCAGGAGCCUGUGAGUGGGAAUAAAAGGGGCCUUUUCUGGUUGGCUGCCUGUGACUGGUGAUGUUCCUCAGGGGUCAGUAUUGAGACAGCUACUUUUCACAUUGUUUGUCAAUGAUUUGGAUAAUGGAAUUGAUGGCUUUGUGGCAAAGUCUGCGGAUGAAUCGAAGAUAGAUGGAGGGAUAAGUAAGUAAAAACAAAUUCUCACAAGCUUCCUGAGCUUUUAAUACCUCUGUGAUGGAUACCUGGAGCAGAGUGAACAGGGCAACCAACGAGGUAUCUCCCUAAUCAGCCAUGAACUGGGAGGUUAACACGAGAAGGGAAAAGGAGGCGAGUGAAUUCAGGAGGAUCAACACAAUAUUAAAUCAGGAACAUCAAAAUACAGAAAAAUAUUGGAUUACUAGAAAGGAGGUUGGGACAAACACAUGAAACAUUAGAAAAAGAAUCUGAUAUUUUUAGGAAUGAGACUCCACCAUUAAAUUUAAUUUGGCUAUAUAUAAAUUUCAAAGUUCAAAGUAAAUUUAUUAUCAAAGUAUGUGUACCAUAUACAACCAUGUGACUCAUUUAAUAAAGACAGAUAAUAGAAUCCAUGACAUUAUGAAGACCACAAGCACCCAUUGUGCAAUAAUUUUGAAAGUAAAUAAAUAAUACUGAGAAUAUGAGCGGCAGAGUCCCUAAAAGUGAGUCGGCUCAGCACUCUGGCGAUCCUAGCCACCCCACCUGUCCGGAGCCUGAUGGCUGUAGGGCAACGACUGUUACUGGAACUGCUGUGUGGGGCCCAAGACUCCUGCCCCUCACCCGCCUGAUGGUAGUAGUGAGAAGAGAGGGAAAUGGGUUAAACUCAGACAUACGGGACAAACUCAGGUGGGGAUCUUGGCUGCCACAGAGUUAGAAAUACUCAAGAUUAUUAACAUUAGAUUUAUAAAGGCAGGACAAAAUUAAUACACAACACAGCAAACCCUAGUGUUAAGUGUGAAGUACCUUAUUAUUAAUUCGAUCAUUUCAUACCGCAUUCUAAAAUACUUUGUUUUAUAUGCUGCGAUUUUCAAUUGGUCAUCCAAAGAGAUUGUCCUUACAAACUACAGAAGGAGCCUAAUUGUUCAAUUUCCAAGACCCGCAGUCUAAAUGAGAAUACACACGGAGGAAGGUAGUAAGGAAUUGCAUGGAAGUCCCUGCAGAAAGUGGAAUGUGGCGGGGGUGGAGGUGUGAAAGAUGUGUUUAGUGGUGGGAUUCCAUCAGAGAUGGCGGGACUUAUGGAGAAUUAUGUGCUGGAUGUGGAGUCUGGUGGGGUGAUAGGUGAGGACAGAGGAACCCAAUCCCUGGUGUAGCAGUGGGAGGAUGGGGUGAGGGCAGAUGUGCACGAAAUGGAAGAGUUACAGAUGAGGGCAGCAUUGAUGGUGGAGGAAAGGAAGCUUUCUCUGAAGAAGGAGGACAUUUUGAUAGUUCCGGAAUGAAAAGCCUCAUCCUGUGAGCAGACAUGGUGGAGACUGAAGAACUGAAAGAAGGGAAUGGCAUUUUUACAAGCGACAAGGUGGAAAGAGGUAUUGUCCAGAUAGCUGUGAGAGUCAGUGGGUUUAUAAAAUACAUCAGUAUAUAGACUGUCUCUAGAGAUAGUGACAGAGAGAUCGAGAAAAGACCAAGUAAGUUUAAGGGCAGUGUGAAAAGUUGGAGGCAAAGUUGAUGGAAUUGAUGAGCUCAGCAUGGGUGCAGGAAGCAGCACCAAUGCAGUCGUCAAUGUAGCGCAGGAAGAGUUGGGGAGAGAUAUUGUUUAUUUCCUUCCAUCGAUGCUGCCUGACCUGCUGAAUUCCUCCAGCAUUUUGUGUGUGUUACUUUGGAUUUCCAGCAUCUGCAGAUUUUCUCAUGUGUAUGAAACAUGGUUACAAGGUGGGAUCGUGAGUACUCAGGGAGCGAGCCCUCACAACAUUAAUUGAUCUCUUCUGCCACAAGCUUUAAGAUCAUUUGUCCCAGCAGAUGUGUCUGGAAAGCAUCACAUGCAGUGAUAUCUAGUACAAAUUUGUAUAAUUACCAUCACAGUUCUGGGAUUGUUUAGAAUGACAAAACAAACACAGAAAGAACAAGAAUUCACUCCUCAAACCUCAGUUUCUACAAAGGAUACCCUGUUCAUCUGAAACUUGUUGAUACGUUUUUCUAGAUCUUAGGAACUAUACCUGUGUUCAGAAAUUCUUUGUAGUUUGUAAUCCUUUGUAAUUCAGAAAUCUUUUAUAAAUUAGACAUACUCUGUUGGUGUUAAAUGUAUGUUCAGAAUUAUUUGUCUGAAUUUAAAUGUGUACAAUUAAAUAUAGUUAUUUUUAAUCUUUGCAGCAUGGUAGCAUAGCGGUUAGCAGAAUGCUUUACAGUGCAGGCGACCUGGGUUCAAUUCCAGCCAUUGCCUGCUCAGGGUUUGUACGCUCUCCCCGUGACUGCAUGGGUUUCCUCUGGGUGCUCCGGUUUCCUCCCUCAUCCAAAGACGUACCGAUUGGUAGGUUAAUUGGUCGUUGUAAAUUGUCCCAUGAUUAGGCUAGGAUUAAAUUGGGGGGUUGCCAGGCGACGUGGCUCGAGGGCCAGAAGGGCCUAUUCCGGCAUUGUUUCUCAAUAAAUAAAUAUAUCUACUUUGUUAGCUCCUUGGUAGGGGACGGGGACCCACCACUCAAGCAGUGGGUAUUGGCAGCUAGACCUUGCCACAGAGGGUAGACAGAGGUAAGCUAGCCCUUGAAGAGUAGAUCGAUCCAAUACAACCUCCCUAGAGUGAGGGUACCCAAAGAUACCCACAGUAUCUUGGACAGGGCUUAAAAUCUGCUUCUGAGUUUGGAGCUUUGUGGAUAGAGAACCCAAUACUAUCCCACUACUCCGACCACAAGAAUGGUGCAGCAGUCUCCAGAGUCUAAAUGGCCUCCUCUAGAAAUCAUGUUGUUAAACUCAGGGAACAACAUUAAAUAUAGAGUGUUUGUGUUCUGUAAAAAAAGUUCUUUUGAAUAUCUCUUGGUCAUUUGUUUUAAACAUCUUGGGCAUGAAGCAGAAGGUCCAAUUUGACUGUCAGGCCAGAAUUGCUCAAUGAGUAAUGAAAACUCUGUAACCCUGACAUUGAAUGUGGCUAGGGAUUGCCUCGUGAGUCUGAAUGUGUUGGUGAUAUUAGUGCGAGAGUGGGAAGGGCAGUUGGAGACAAAGGGCCAUGUGAAUGGAACAUCCAAGAAU